AUGACCAUUAUUAUUGGAACUUUAUUUUUGCCUUAUACGGUCAAGUUCGAUGUGGGCGGUAGAGUUGAUUAUGACAUCGACAUAACGCAGAAGGAUGCUACAGUACCUAAUAUUCAAAAUGAUGCAAGAAAUCAACAAAGGAAAAGCGUAUCAGCAGGUAUGGGCACUGGCAUAUCGCAAAGCUCGAUUUUACCAUCGUUAAGCACAUCUCAGCAGCAUACACCUCGCUCGGGAUCACCCACUUUUAAUGAUAAUGCCAGUAUAAUGACAGGCAGUGAUACUGAUCAGGUCAAUUCUGCACAGGAAUUUUUUCACAGUCAUAAAAGAACACCCCAUGAUAGCCAAAAUAUUCUAACAGAUAACUUGUAUGAUAAACUAGGAUCGAAGUUGAUUCAACCAAGAUCUAGGUAUAGUAAUGUUGCAUUUCAGAGUCUGGUAGUAGACCCAAAGAAGAAGAGUGAAGAUGCUGGUCUCCCAGGGUUGAAGAUCAACAGAUCAUCAAAUAAUUUGACGUCCUUAAAUAACUCAUCAUUUAGUUCCUAUUCUAACAUGAUUGGUUUAAAUCCAACUACUAAUUCUUCUACGAUGUCUGUACCUUCGACUAGACAGAGAACACCUAUUUCUAGGCAGGGAUUUACCUUGCAUAGCAAUAGUAGCUCGAAUUCAAUUCCCACACGCAUCAAAGAAGUAGAGGAAGAAGAAGCAAGAGAAAGUGAUUAUGCAAGUGAUAAGAGUGUGGAUGAAGAUCAUAUUGAAAAUUUUAAUGAUUUGGUACAUGGAAGAACAGAAUCAAAGUUGACUCCGUUCGGAGGGUUUUCUAAACCAGACUUGGAGGACGGUAUACUAAACCAGGAAAACAUUUUUGAGGAUGCACCAUGGAAAGUUGUAUUAGCUGGUAAAGGUAACGUUUCUUUGACAAAGGCUGUUCAAAUUGCAGUUGAUGCUGGUGGUAUUAAUGACCAUAAAUGGGUAGGUACCUUAGCUAUGCCAAGUGACGCGGUACCAAAUUCAGUAAUUAACGGUAUUUCUGAUUCCUUAAGUGAAAACUACGACUGUGAAGCUGUUUUUCCUAAUGAUAUAACUUUCCAAGGCCAUUAUAAAUCAUUUUGUAAGCAAAUUUUGUGGCCAACGUUACAUUAUCAAAUUCCAGAUGAUCCUAAAUCAAAGGCCUUUGAAGAUCAUUCGUGGGGUCAUUAUAAGCUAUUAAAUCAACUAGUAGCUGACAAAAUUGUUGAUUUAUAUAAGAAAGAAAACGGGUCUUCUGAUCCUAAUGAUCCUAAUAAUAUGAUUUGGAUUCAUGACUAUCAUUUAUUAUUAGUACCCAAAAUGAUCAGAGAAAAGUUGCCGGAAGCCAAAAUUGGUUUAUUUUUACAUGUCUCGUUCCCAUCAUCUGAAGUAUUUCGUUGCUUUGCUCAAAGAAAGGCUAUAUUAAGUGGGAUGUUGGGUGCUAAUUGUAUUACAUUUCAAACUGAUGAAUAUGUUAGACAUUUCUGGCAAACCUGCAACAGGUUAUUGUUAGCAGAUGCUAACGAAUUUGGUAUAACUUAUGAAGGCAAAUUCACGAUGAUUAAUACUAUCCCAGUUGGUGUGGAUGCUAAAUCGUUAGAAGGUUACUUAGGAUCGAAUGAAGUUAAUGAAUGGAGAAAUAUGAUUAGAGAAAGAUGGUCCAAUAAGAAAUUGAUCGUCAGUAGAGAUAAAUUGGAAAAAUUACGUGGUAUUAAGCAAAAGUUAUUAGCAUAUGAAAAGUUUUUACAUAGUAAUCCAGAAUACGUGGAUACAACUGUUUUAAUUCAAAUUUGUCCAGGUACAACACAAGAUUCAAGUUAUGAAAGUGAAAUCAUGUCUAUUGUUGGAAGAAUUAAUGCAUUGACAGGUGAUAUAUCUUUUUCGCAACCAGUAGUGUUGUUGCAACAAGAUAUAGGGUUUGAGCAAUAUGUGGCUUUACAAUGUGAAGCUGAAGUAUUUGUGGUCGCUUCUAUGAGGGAAGGCUUAAACUUGACUUGCCAUGAGUACAUAAUUGCAACCACAGAAAAAAAAUCGCCUUUAAUGCUUUCCGAAUUUACUGGAUCUUCACCUCUUUUGAAUUGUAAUGGAGAAGGGGCAAUUUUGAUUAAUCCAUGGGAUCUUAAACGAUUUGCAGAAUUAUUUAAAGUACUGUUAGAUAUGGGACAAGAUGAAAAGGUUAAGCGCUGGACUAAUUGUUACAAGACAAUUUGUAACCACGAUUCGAGAAAUUGGGUUGAAAAUUGUUUACAAGGUAUUAAUGAAGGAUGGGAUUAUGACCACAGUAGAAAUUUAAACAAACUAAUCCCGUUCACAAGAGAUAUAUUUGAUAGUUUUUAUUCUCGUAAUGAUGGAGGUAAAAGAUUAUUCUUCUUAAAUUUGGACACCCCUUCUGCUAUUGCUUCAACAAAUGAUCCAAGUUCAAAAUUUCAUAAGCUCACCUCUAAGUCAGCCGUAGCAGCAGCUGGUAAAAAUGGAGCAUUUUCCGAAUCUUCUAGAUUUGCAAGCUUACUAAAUGAAUUAUUAUCUGAUCCUUUAAACCACGUUUACUUGACCAGUUAUUUGAAAAGGUCAGAUUUAGAUACGUUGUACAAUAGAAGUCCUAAUUUGGGCCUUGUUGCGGAGAAUGGUGGUUAUAUUAAGCUCACAGAGUCAGAUAAGUGGAUAUCUAUUAUUGAUGAAGUCGAGCUUGAAGGUUGGAUGCCUCAGGUUUCACAAUUAAUUGCAUCUAAAGUAGAAAGAUUACCUGGUUCUCAUAUGGAGGUUGAAGACUGCACAAUCAGAUUUCACCCUGGUAAGUCUUUUGAAAAUGAUCGUGAAAGAAGUUUGUCUAUUUUGGGAGAUUGUAUUCAGCAUGUUAAUGAAUUAUUCCUGGAUCAGGAUGGUGUCCAUGCGACCUUGAUCAGAAAUGUUUUAAUAGUGCAAAAAAACAAAUUAUCUAUGAAGGCUUUGAAGUUCAUUAUUUCUUAUUAUAACCAAAAGAAGCAGGGAAUCAAAAGUGAAUCAUUGAUAGAAGAAUAUCAAGUUAAACAGGUUCCAGGCUCUGCGCCUAGCACACCGAUAUCUGAAACAGCAAGCUUACCACCUAUUAAGAGCCCUACGUCCAAAAUUCAAAAAAACUUAGUCACCGCUUUAUUUUUAAGUGGUGGUUCUACGCUUAUUGAUGAACCUGGUUAUGAAUAUGCAAAUGGUUUGGAGAGAUCUGGUGAAAUACCAGAGGUGAUAACAGUUACUGUUCUCGGUGCAGAUUCAAGAACUUCGGCAACGUACUGCGUUUCUGGAAAGAACGAACUAUUAGGAAUAUUGUCAAAUCCAGUGAGCGAGCCCUAUAAGAGCCACACAGCAUAA